GGCAGAUGGCAGGCGAGACGCUGAGCUGGAGAAGCUUGGAGGAGAGGAGUUCGGCGAUGAUGGUGUUGAACGCAGAGCUGAAGUCCACGAACAGGAUCCUCGCGUCGUGUUUAUGAAGUAAACGGUCCAGACGAUUGAAGGAGGUCUCUGUCAAUCAUACAAAGGGCAGCUCGGAUUGGUCUACGUUGCAAUUUUGUGGGCGUGCACUUUUUGACGACAGGAAGUAAGUGACGAACGAAAUGGGGAUCCGAUGCACAAUAAUAAGUCAACUAUAAUGUGUGACAAAUACAAAACAUCCACCUCGCAAAGGUCUUCAGUGCCUUAAUAAUAUUGUGUUCUACGUGAGACCAGCAGCGGGCAGACAGCUGCGUUGCGGAAGUCAUGGCGGCCAAGCCCGCCGGGGGUGUCAGAGAUGCGGCAGUGUGGCAGCAAACCCGAGUUCUCCUGUACAAGAACGUGCUCAUCAAGUGGAGGACCAAACAGCAGAGUUUGCAGGAAGUGCUCCUCCCGCUGCUCCUGCUGUCUCUGCUGAUCCUCAUCAGCAUGCAAAAUCCGCACGUCUCCUACGGCGGCGUCGGCACCGUGGAGCUGGAGAGGGACGACUACGUCUUCAAGGGCCUCGGCUACACGCCCGUCACCGACGUCACCAGCCGCGUCAUGGACGAGGUGGCCCGGGAGAUGCACCUGCAUGACGGUUUGGAGAGGUUCAGCAGCGAGGAGGAUCUGGAGAACGCCAGCCUGUACGAGCCGUCCGGCUUCGUGGGCGUGGUGUUCGCCGACGCCUCGGCCACCUCGUACAGCCUCCGCUUCCCCUACGGCCAGCUGCCCCCGCCCGGCGACUUCACCGAGUCCGUCGCCGACUGUCUGAGCGGUUCGGUCAACUGCCGAGCGGCCAACUACUGGUACUCUGGAUUCGUCCGCCUCCAGUCGCUAAUCGACGCCGCAAUCAUCCAGGUGCGGACCAAGCGCUCGGUGUGGAGCGAGAUGGACGUGAGUGUGGUGAUGAUGGGCCAGCCGGGCUCGGUGGAGGUGCAGAAGUUCCCCCACGCCCUCAUUUCCAUCUACCUGGUCCUGGCCUUCACGCCAUUCGUCACCUUCCUCAUCGUCAACGUGGCGGCCGAGAAGGAGCGCCGCAUCAAAGACACCAUGACCAUGAUGGGUCUCUACGACUCUGCAUUCUGGAUGUCGUGGGGCCUGCUGUACGCCGUCCUGGUGAGCGCCAUGUCCGUCCUGAUCUCUGUCAUCGCCACGUGCACGGCCCUCUUCCCCGAUAGCAACUUCUUCGUCGUCUUCUCCCUCGUCUUCCUCUACGGGAUUUCUUCGAUCUUCUUCUCCUUCAUGCUGACGCCGUUAUUCAAGAAGCCAAAGCUUGCCAGCACGGUGGGCUCCAUGUUGACGGUGGUCUUCGGAUGCCUGUCGCUCCUCACAGUCCUGAUGAAGGAUUUCCCUCAGCCGCUGGUCUGGAUCCUCUGCCUGCUCUCCCCCACGGCCUUCUCCAUUGGCAUCGCACAGGUGGUGUACCUGGAGGCGCAAGGAGAUGGCGCUGUCUUCUCCUCCCUGGCUAGCGGACCUCACCCGCUCUACGUGCCGCUGCUCAUGCUGCUUUUGGACUGCGUUCUGUAUCUACUGCUGGCCGUCUACUUGGACCAGGUGCUGCCAGGCGAGUUUGGGAUGAGGAGGUCCUUGCUGUACUUCCUGAAGCCGUCCUAUUGGUCCAAGCGCACCAAGCGCUACAUGGAAGUGAGCUCGGUGUACGACGCCGAGGUGAACGGCGCUCAUGCCGGCGCGGAGUCGGUGGAGCCGGUUUCGCCCGAGUUCCGAGGCAGAGAGGCCAUCCGCAUCAACAACAUCAGCAAGGCGUACAAAGACAAGGACAACAACACCGUGGAGGCGCUCAGAGGUCUGACCUUUGACAUUUACGAGGGCCAGAUCACGGCUCUGCUGGGCCACAGCGGCGCCGGUAAGUCCACUCUGAUGAACGUCCUGUGCGGCAUCUGCCCCCCCACCGCCGGCUCGGCCUCCGUUUACGGCUCCCCGGUGGGCGAGAUCGCCGACGGGCCCGAGAUGAAGCGACUGGUGGGCGUCUGCCCGCAGUUCAACAUCAUCUUCGACGUCCUCACCGUGGAGGAGCACCUCAGGAUCUUCGCCGCCAUUAAAAGGAUCCCGUCGGCAGACGUAGACACUGAGGUGUCCAAAGUGCUGAAGGAUCUGGACUUGAAGAAGAUCAUGACAGCUCAGGCCAAGAAUCUGAGUGGAGGCCAGAAGAGGAAGCUGGCAGUGGGCAUUGCCAUCCUGGGAGACCCCAAGAUCCUGCUCCUGGACGAGCCCACGGCGGGCAUGGACCCUUACUCCCGACAUCAGGUGUGGUCGCUCCUGAAGAGUCGCAGGGCCGGCCGAGUGCUGCUCCUCAGCACGCACUACAUGGACGAGGCCGACAUCCUCGCCGAUCGCAAAGCGGUGAUCUCCCAAGGCCGGCUCAAAUGCGUGGGCUCGUCCAUGUACCUCAAGACCAAGUGCGGCGUGGGCUAUCAUCUCAGGAUGUCCGUCAGCGAACGCUGCGAUUGUCAGAAAAUAUACUCGCUGGUCCAGCAGCACGUUCCCAAGGCCGAGCUGACUCGGCAGCAGGAGGCGGAGCUAACCUUCACGCUGCCUUUCGAGAGCAGGGACAGGUUUGCAGGUUUGUUCUCGGAGCUCGACUCUCGACCCAACCUGGGCCUGGUCAACUAUGGCGUUUCCAUGACGACGCUGGAGGACGUCUUUCUGCGUCUCGAGGCGGAGGCUGAAGUGGACCAAUCAGACUACAGCGUGUUCCACCGGGAGCCGGCAGAGGACGAGAGUGCGGUGGCCGGUGGCAACGGCGGCGGCUGCUAUGAUGAUGACGCGGACCGGCGGCUGCUGACCUUCUCGGACAAGUCUGAGGUGGCGCGAGGCGGAGCCCUGUGGCGCCAGCAGUUCAGCUCGCUGGCCUGGCUCCACUUGCUCAACUUGUGGCGCGAGAAGAAGGCCUUCAUUUACGUUGCGGCCUUGGUGCUGGUGUUUGUAGCCGCCUUGCUCGUCCUGUCUGUGACCACCGGGAACAUCCAGAUUCACUCGCCAGGACGCCAGUUCCUGCCCAUCUACCUCCUCGGCAGGAACCAGCCUCCUCGCAGAUACGCCACCAGCCUCCUGGUUCUCAACUCCACAGGUUCGGAUAUUUCCGACUUCAUCCGUAACCUGGAGGGGCAGGACAUCGCGGUGGAAGUGAUGAAGCAGAGCGACUACAUGGAGGCGGCUCCUCACAGCGCCGCCAUCAACGUGACGGGAUCCAGCAAGGGCUUCAGGUACAGCGUGGCGUUCAACAGCACCACCGUCCACUCCUUACCAAUGACCGUCAACAUCCUCAGCAAUGCUCUACUCAGAGGUCUGAACGGCACCGGCCAGAUCCGAACUCGGACCAAACCCUUUGACUAUCAAAUCCCGGACUCCACGACCUACGUGCUGGUCUUCAUCGAGGCCAUCUUGCUGGGGAUGCUGGCGACCGGCAUGCCGGCCUACUUUGCAAUGGAGCACACGCGGGACCGAGAGCUGAAGUGCCGCUCGACGUUGCGCGUGUCCGGGCUGCUCCCGUCGGCCUACUGGUGCGGCCAGGCGGCCGUGGACGUGCCCUUCUACUACCUCGUCCUGUCCUGCAUGACCGUCAUCCUCUUCUCCUUCCACACGGGCGACUUGCUCUCCUCUGGAAAGCUGACCGCUGUGGUGGUGUGUACCGUCGGCUUUGCUCCGGCCGUAAUCCUCUUCACGUACGUCUGCUCCUUCGGCUUCGCUCGGGUCCAAAGCAACAAGGACUUCUUUUCUGUCAUCUCCAUGAUGGUGUGUGUGGUUUCGGUCUCGCUGGUUCACCUUCCACUGGUGGGCGGCAACCCGGCAGUGACCGCAGGAGUGUUGCACGACGCCCUGUGCAUCCUCAACCCGCUCUACCCGCUCAUGGGCUGCCUCAAUUCCAUCACCAAGGACACCUUCCGCUCAUCUGCCUAUGAUAGGAACAUCUACCACAGCAACCUGCUCUUCGCUGUUUUUGCUCCUUACCUGCAGUGCAUCGUGCUGACGUUGGCGCUGCGCUGGUUGGAGGGCCGUCAGGGCGGCAGGACCUUCAGGACGGGUCGCUUGUGCAGGAUCGCAUCCGAGGGCAGCCCGAAAGCGGAGCGCAACCCGGAGGACGGCCUGGACGAGGACGAGGACGUUCGGAUGGAGAAGGCUCGUGUUAAGGAGGCGCUCGGCUCCUGCGAGGAGAAGCCGUUGCUGGUUGCCAGUAACCUGAGGAAGAAGUACAAAGGUCGCAAGGAAGGUUUGAUCCACAACAAGAGCGGAAAAGUGGCCACCAAGAACAUCUCCUUCUGCGUUCGUAAAGGCGAGGUUCUCGGACUGCUGGGCCCGAACGGAUCUGGCAAGAGCACCGUCAUGCACAUGCUGUCAGGCGAUAUCGAGCCCACGGCAGGACAGGUGCUGACGGGCGACGACUGCAGCGAGUCGGGGUCUGAGCACAUGGGCUACUGCCCCCAGGUCAACCCUCUGUGGCCCCGCAUCACGCUGCAGGAGCACCUGCAAAUCUACGCCACUGUCAAGGGUCUGAAGGGUCCCGACGUCCCCGGGAUCAUUAAGCGUGUGGUGGACGCUCUGGAGCUGAAGGAGCACGUGCACAAGCAAGCCAAGUGUUUGUCCGCCGGACUCAAGAGAAAACUGUGCUUCGCGCUGAGCAUGAUCGGGAACCCGCAGACGGUUUUACUGGACGAGCCGUCGUCUGGGAUGGACCCCAAGUCCAAACAGCGCGUGUGGCGCGCCAUCCGCGCCGCCUUCAGGAGGAGCCGGCGCGGCGCCGUGCUGACCACGCACUACAUGGAGGAGGCGGAGGCCGUUUGCGACCGCGUCGCCAUCCUGGUGUCGGGCCAGCUGAGGUGCUUGGGCUCCAUCCAGCAUUUAAAGGGCAAGUACGGCCGAGGGUACGGCCUGGAGCUGAAACUCGGGGAGGAGCCGACAGAGGUCCAGCAGGGGGCGCUGCUGCACAAGGAGAUCCUCGCCAUCUUCCCGCAUGCCUCCAGACAGGAGAGCUUCGCUACGCUGAUGGUGUACAAAAUUCCCAUGGAGGACGUCGGCUCUCUGGCCAGCGCCUUCUCACAGUUGGAGCGCGUUAAGCAAAUGUUCAAGUUUGAGGAGUACAACUUCUCGCAGUCCACUCUGGAACAGAGGGCCGCUAUGACUGAAACCAUAUUUGUGUUUCAUCGCCGCGGUGGAUGGUCAAUAGAGGGCGCUGGGGCGCCGCCCCACCGUUCCUUGAAAGACAGAAGUGAAGUCAUGAAAAUAAAACGGUCUUCCUGGAGUUCGCCAAGGAGCAGGAAGGCGAGGACGAUGAGGUGGGCUCGCUCAGCACCACCUUCCAGUGGCGCCGUCUGCGCCACGACCAGUCCGCGGGCGACCGCGGCGACAGCGUCGUGUGUCAGCUGUGACGUCGCUGACACAAAAAAAACACACAAAAAACAAGACUGUGUGUGUGUGCGUGUGUGUGUGUGGGGCGUCAAAUCUUUAGCCCCUUUCACGUUGCCGGCCGAAGCCUUUGUGUCAAAAGCGAUUGUCCCAACGAGACGCCGCAACAGCUGCGUGACUGUCCUGCAUCUCGAAGUCGACGGCUGAUAAAAUGCCGGCUCUACUGUCACGUCUGCUGCGUCGAUUUUGCAGACGGCAAAAAAGGAAGUGUAAGCUGUCCAGGAUGGAAGCAACAAAGCAGAACAUGUGAACGCCUUCCACAUUGCCAGAGCUACACUUAAGAACGAUUCACCCACUUUGUGUUGAAAGCAAUUGUCACUAUUCCAGAUGCCGCCACAGCAUCAUGACGCACAGGUAUGCCCUGCUUCUGGGGGUUCUGCUUGAAAGAUAAAUGCAUGCGCUACCGAUGCGACAAAGCGUCUUUUUUGGGUGCUGCCGUUGUGGUUGAGAAAGUCUUUUAAAGGGAAGAGCGAGCCGUCCGGAUGCAAGCGCCAAAGCAAGGCAGAUGGAUAAACGCAGGUUGUACCCUUACACUAAUUUUGCAAAACAGCGACACAAAAGGAGCUUUUUGUUUUGAACGAUAAGUGCGCGCCGUCCAGAAUCACCAUCUUAGCCUACACUUGCCGACCAUUUUGCCGCUGAUGCGCCAGCGUGAAAGGGGCUUUUGUAUUUGCGUGUUUUUCAUGGGAAGAGUGAGCCGUCCUGGAUGGAGGCACCAAAGCGCCACACGUGAUGGCGUGUCGGGAGCGUGAUCACGAUGUCGCAUUGUUAGUGAAGCGCCCCGCCCCGCCGUCCCUUCAUUUUACACCAGCACGGACGCCGUCCCGGGCCGAGUGGGAGGCGGAAGCCGAGUCGCGUAGCGCACGCACCUGCGCGUCUCGUGCGGCACUCUUUGGGCCUUCUUUAAUGCCCCCAUCCGGUAUUUACAUUACUAACAGUCCUGAAAUAUUUGUUGUAAUUGAGCAUUUUUCCCUCUGAAAUUGGUUCAUUAAAAUAUAUUUAUUAGUU